AUGUACUCCUAUGGCGAGCUUGCUAUCGAGAAUAUAAAGAACAGCCAAGACGCGCCCUCUCUAUUUACGGUUCUCGGGAGAAAACCACAGGGCUAUGUAGGUGUCCGCCAACCACUCCGCAGAUUCACAGCUGUUUGCCCCCACGAUAAAAACAUCGACUCCUUCCAUCUGGCAUUUCCAGCUGUGCUCAAGUGCGACACCAACACCAAGCCCCGCCAAGAGAUCCCCCCGCAGGCCCAGCUCGCGUAUCGGUCCAAGCGUGUGCACCAACCCUUUUCGAGCGAGGUCAAUGACUUUUACAGCUGGUACGCCAACGGCACCCCUCUCGCGCUCAGCCACAAUGUGCUCAUAAACGUCGCCGCAUCCUUCACCAUCACCAACACAAAGUGGCGCAUCCUCCCCGCGCACCCUAUGGAUAUCAUCGGCCCCGUGCUGAUCAUACUCGAGGAGAGGAAAGAGUGUGGGCAGUGGUGUGGUGGAGGGGCGCCUGCAGAGUGUGGCGAGGGAGGACCUGUACAUGGCUGUGGCGGGGCAUGUGCCCAUGCCGCCGAUCAUGUGUAA